ACUGACUACCGUACUGACUGUUUGACUGUGUGCUGCACUCACGACUCUUGCCACGACCACGACAUACGCGGCUCCCCUUACUUACACUUCAACAUCAGGUCUUUCAAAUAAAAAGCUACUUACUAUGCGAUACUAUGAACAGCGAUACCCGGAGGUCGACGAAUUGGUCAUGGUACAAGUUCGCCAGAUCGCCGAGAUGGGUGCAUAUGUCAAACUGUUAGAAUAUGACAACAUCGAAGGAAUGAUCUUGCUUUCCGAGCUAUCUCGUCGACGUAUUCGGUCGAUUCAAAAGUUGAUCCGGGUUGGGAGGAAUGAAGUUGUCGUUGUCCUACGUGUAGACAGGGAAAAAGGCUACAUCGAUCUGAGCAAGCGACGCGUGUCACCAGAAGACAUUGUCAAAUGUGAAGAGCGGUUCAUGAAAAGCAAGACUGUUGCAUCGAUUUUGCGACACGUUGCAUCAAAAUUAUCCUCCGAGGAAGUAGCCGCGGAGGGGCCAGCCCACACUGGCGCCACAGCUGCUAAGCCAACAGAGGCUGGCGCUGGUGAGGACGAGGAGGGAGAGGGAGCAGCGCCCGUAGGAGGGGGAGAAGAAGCACGGCUUGAAGCACUGUAUGAACAGGUUGCUUGGCCGCUGGGGAAGAUCUACAGCCACCCAUACGAUGCAUUUAAACUCGCACUUACGGAGCCGGAGAAGGUCUUUGGUCAACUCUCGCCGCCGCCAUCUCCAGCGACAAUCGCGCAGUUGACAUCGACAAUUGCAAGGCGACUGACGCCUCAGCCGAUCAAGUUGCGUGCGGACAUCGAGCUGACGUGCUACACGGAUGCAGGGAUAGACGCGAUCAAGCGCGCGUUGAGGGCGGGUGAGAAGGCAAGCACGGAGGCUGUGCCUAUUAAGGCGAAGCUUGUUGCGCCGCCGCUGUAUGUUUUGGCGACGAAUGCAACUGACAAGUAUGCUGCGACUGAACGGCUCGAGCGUGCGAUCGAGACGAUUCAGAGCACAAUUGAGGAGGAGGGCGGCAACCUUGUCGUGAAAAUGAAGCCCAAGGCGGUCUCUGAAACGGACGAAGCGGAGCUCUCACAGCUGAUGGCGAAGGCGAGUGCGGAGAACGCGGAGGUGUCUGGCGAUGACGAUGACGAGGAAGACUGAGGUGCAUGUCACCUAGCAUUGUUCUGUAUAACCCAGUAAGUACAGUGUACAACAGCACCAGCCCGUGAAUGCCAU